AUGUCUCAAUACACAUCGACCAUUCUGGUCACAGGCGGAACGCUUGGCCUAGGAUUCUGGGCAGCCUACGAGCUCGCCUGCAAUUUCCCCAACAGCAAGAUUGUCAUCUCAGCGCGAUCAGACAAAGAGAAUGCCGUAGACAGACUCGACGAGCUCGUUCAGAAGCGCAAUAGCUCCCCAAGUAACAGAAAAGAGCGACAGAUCGGAUUUAGACCUCUCGACCUUUCGUCCACGUCCAAGGUCCGCAAAUUUGUCGAAGACUUUGCAGCUCAGGGAUAUCCACCUGUUUCCUCUCUAGUUCUCAAUGCAGGUGUUCAAUUUCACGAAGGGAAAGAAAUCACUCUGUCGUCUGAUGGUGUCGAAAUGACCUUUGCGGUCAACCAUCUAGGGCAUGCCCUGCUCCUAUACCUCUUGAAACCUCACAUGACCACCGAUGCUCGUAUAGUCUUUGUUGCAUCUGGUGUACACGACCCUGCACAAAAGACUGGUCUCCCUGACGCCAAGUACGAAACUGCGGAGCUGCUCGCACACCCUGCCGACAAGAAUGGGUACGAGGUCAACCAGGGAGGAUUUCAGAGGUACUCUAGCAGCAAACUCGUGAAUGUGCUGUUCAUAUAUGCGCUCGAGGAAAGACUGAAGAAAGCGAGAGAGGCUGGUCGCUCAAACUGGACUGUCUGUGCGAUGGACCCUGGCCUGAUGCCCGGAACAGGUCUGGCACGUGAGAUGGGUCCAGUAGUCAUGUGGUUGGUGACGCAUAUUCUUACCCGAAUGCUAUGGCUUCUGAAACUGGCCAUCCGUUCACAGAACGUACACUUACCGCAGAACUCGGGAAAGAAUUUGGCUUUUCUGGCUAGCAAGAAAGGACCAGAUGCUAUGCAGAGUAGUGGGCAAUAUUUCGAAGGUGCGAGAGCGAUUGACAGCUCGGUGGACAGCCAUAACAAGAUGAAGCAGGAAGAUCUUUGGAGGUGGACUGUGGAUUUCUUGGCAAAGGAUGGUGAGGAAAAAGAGCGAUUUGAGAACUUUUGA